UCAAGCGUGCCGGAGAGCGGAGGAUGUCGAGGCUGCUCAGCAGAGUCUUAACAUCUGCACAAACUCAUAGAAACCUAACAUCUGCUGCUGUACAUCGGAGCCUUCGGUCCGCUGCCUCUCUGCCAGCCUCAGCCUGUCCUGGCUCUGCUGUGAAGCCCUUAAUGGAGCCUAAACUGUACCAGGCCCCUCCAGAGGUCCGGGGUAUGACCUCUCUCGACAAAGAGGCCUUCACACAGACCAUUGCAGUCCCAGCUCUACGCGUGCCCACUGGGGUCUUAAACAAAGUGAUGAAAAGCCUGAAAAAGUCGACUAUCCAGCGGCCAGGGUUGCCCAGAGUGGUACAAGAUACAGAGGAGAGCAGUGACUUUCGUUUAGUGCUGUUGGACCCUCACAGAGUGUCCUCGAAAAGCUCCUUCUCUGAGGCUGAAGCUGAGGCUCUGAGGUCUUUCAGUGUCGCUGAGGAGCUGCAGUACUAUGAGCUGCAACUGACCUACAACAACCUGAAGAGUGAGGAAGUGCUGGGGGCCGUGCUCCCUCAGGGGCAAGAUGUGACCUCUGGGUUCAGCCGGGUGGGACACAUCGCACACAUGAACCUAAGGGACCACCAGCUCCCGUAUAAGAACCUCAUAGGUCAAGUUAUCAUGGACAAAACCCCCGGUAUCACCUGUGUGGUCAAUAAAACAAACAUAAUCGACUCAACUUACCGCAACUUCAAGAUGGAGGUGCUAGCUGGAGAGGAGAACAUGGUCACCAAAGUGAAAGAAAAUGGGGUAACAUAUGAGUUUGAUUUCUCUCGUGUGUACUGGAACCCCCGGCUGAGCACAGAGCACCAGCGUGUGGUGGAGCUCAUCAAACGUGGUGACACCGUGCUGGAUGUGUUUGCUGGUGUCGGACCCUUCGCCAUCCCUGCUGCCCGCUCGGGUGCCAAUGUGUUGGCCAAUGAUCUGAACCCAGAGUCCUACCGAUGGCUGCAGCACAACUGCAAGCUCAACAAGGUGGAGAGCAAAGUCCGCACGUUUAACCUGGACGGCAGAGGGUUCAUCCAGGGACCUGUGAAGCAGGAGCUGCCUGCGCUUAUGAAGGGAAAAGCCAAUGUUCACGUGGUGAUGAACCUGCCUGCCUUGGCUUUAGAGUUCCUGGAUGCAUUCAGAGGCCUCCUGCACCAGGAGCCUCCCUGUGAUGAGAACUUACCCACAGUGUACUGCUACAGCUUCUCUAAAGACAAAAACCAUGACGCGGAUGUGGUGAAGAGAGCGUCCCGCAGCCUCGGGUUCCCCCUGGAGAACAGAUGCUCUGUGCAUUUUGUGCGUAAUGUAGCACCCAACAAAGAUAUGAUGUGUGUGAGAUUCACACUCCCUAAAGAGGUCCUCUUCAGCUGCAAUGAUGAACAGACAGAGCCCUCGGAGGAACCAGCCCCAAAGAGACAAAAGUGUGAAGAAACUACAGAUUCAACAUAAUAAAUCAUCACAAAGAAACAUUUG